GAUAAAGUAUUACGAGAAUUAGAUAAGAACGUUCUUGCAUGGUUUGCAAGUUAUGGUUCACUUCGGAUAAAGAAAACAAGUUUUCAAUUAAUAGCUUUACUGCACUGUACUAUAAUGCGGCGUUUUACGAGGUGUUUGCAUACUAUUCGUUUGGAGUUGAACAACAAUGUGAAUUGCGGCCGUCUUCCCAGUUUAGCUAACUUUUGCGUUGUUCCUAAAUCUACAGAGGAGCAGAAGGAUGCUAUUAUUAGAUCCGCAAAGUCUAGCACAUUAAGGACUUCUUCAAAGUAUGUUACGUCACAGCAAGUACGUAAAUAUGCGCCAACAACCAGCUCCAUGACUGAAAGCGCAUGUUGGAACUGUAAAGAGAAAGGACGUAAAAGUCAUAUGUUAUGCUUGUCAUGUGGCUUCUUACAAGAUGUAGAUAUGGAAAUUAACUACUUUCAUUUACUUAACUUAUCAAAUAAGUUUUCGUUGGAACCGCAAGAGCUAACACGACGAUUUAGGCAACUACAAACAUUGGUACAUCCGGACAAAUUCAGCAACAAAACAGAGCGGGAGCAGAAUAACUCUGCUGAUUGGAGUGCCUUAAUAAAUAGAGCCUACAAAACACUGUCUGCUCCAAUAGAGCGUGGUCAAUAUUUAUUAAAGUUGCAAGGAGAGCAAAUGCCGCAGGAUAAUAGUGCUUUGAACAAGGAAUUUCUUAUGGAAAUGAUGGAACUCAACGAGGAAGUGGCUGACGCAAAGUCCAGUGAAGAUUUGCAGCGCCUAAAUGAAGACAUUGUGCGACAACUAAACGUAGCUGUAAAGGAGUUGAGCGUCAGCUUUGAGUCCAAAGCGUUGUCCGAGGCAAAGUCUUUACUAGUCAAAAUGAAGUAUUUACAAAGUGUGCAGAAGAGUAUCAAGAAUAAACUGCAAAAAAUGAUGGGUGGUUGAACUUUCAGCAGAUCACAAAUAUAACGGUGUUCUUUGAAAUCAUCUUACUGGAUGUUUGGGUGAUUAAUUGGUAACUAAUACAUAAAUAUUAUAUAUAAUUAAAA